AAUGUGUAGAAUAUUUCUGGGCUUAAGGUGGCUAAAUUGUUACCGUUUACCACCCUGCGUAAACAAAACAGCAUCGUUUGCGUGGUGCAUGUAAAGCUGGGAAAAAUGAACGUUGAAUUAUUGUUUCUUAUUUCCCUGUUAUAAUUACUAAUAUUAAUUAUUUCUCUUAAAUUGAAAAAAAUAUAUGUAAUAUUUAUAAACUUUAGCGUUAGGAAGAAAUCGUUCUUUUUGUGUCAUUUUUCAGAAAAUUGUAAAAUCAUGACUUCAAUCAUUAAAGUCCAUGCUAUUUCGGGUGCAAUGGAUGAAUCUCCACCGUGCUAUAUGCUACAAGUUGAUGACUUUCGCAUUCUCUUGGAUUGUGGCUGGGAUGAAAAAUUUGAUCAGGAAUUCAUGAAAGAAUUGAAGAGGCAUGUCCAUCAAAUUGAUGCUGUGCUUCUCUCAUAUCCUGACCCGCUACAUCUUGGAGCGUUACCAUAUUUAGUAGGCAAAUGUGGUCUUAAUUGCCCAAUAUAUGCUACAAUACCUGUCUAUAAAAUGGGACAGAUGUUUAUGUAUGACUUAUACCAGUCACGCCAUAACAUGGAAGAUUUUGAUUUAUUCACCUUAGAUGAUGUUGAUGCUGCUUUUGAUAAAAUUGUCCAACUGAAGUAUAAUCAGAGUGUCCCUAUGAAAGGCAAAGGAUAUGGUCUUACUAUCACUCCUUUACCUGCUGGUCAUAUGAUCGGUGGCACAAUAUGGAAGAUAGUGAAGGUUGGGGAGGAAGAUAUUGUGUAUGCAAUGGACUUCAAUCACAAAAAAGAACGACAUUUAAAUGGAUGUGAACUGGAACGCUUGCAAAGACCAUCUUUAAUGAUUACUGAUGCUUUUAACUCAGCUUAUCAGCAAGCUCGAAGAAGAGCAAGAGAUGAAAGGCUUAUGACAAAUAUUUUACAGACACUUCGUAGUGGAGGGAAUGUACUUCUUACAGUUGACACUGCUGGUCGUGUCUUGGAAUUAGCACACAUGCUUGAUCAGCUGUGGCGUAACAAGGAUUCUGGUCUUUUAGCAUAUUCCCUGGCCUUGUUGAAUAAUGUCAGCUACAAUGUAGUGGAGUUUGCAAAAUCUCAGAUUGAAUGGAUGAGUGACAAAUUGAUGAGAACAUUUGAGGGAGCCAGAAAUAAUCCUUUUCAAUUUAAGCAUUUGCAACUCUGUCACAGUAUUGCAGAACUGAGUCGGGUACACAGUCCAAAGGUUGUGUUGGCUAGCACUCCUGAUAUGGAAUGUGGAUUUUCUCGAGAGCUGUUUUUACAAUGGUGUUCAAAUCCUUUAAAUAGUAUUAUAAUUACUAGUAGGACAUCUCCUGGAACUCUGGCUAGAGAAUUGGUUGAAAUGGGAGGAAAUCGGACCAUGACUUUAGAAGUGAAACGAAGAGUUCGUCUUGAGGGGGCUGAAUUGGAGGAUUAUCUACGAAAAGAACGUGAAAACAAAGAGAACCGCCCUGAGAAAAGUGAUGAUGCAGAUAUGAGUGAUGAGUCAGAGGAUGAAAUGGAUCUCAGUGCUGUUGCUAAAGGAAAACAUGAUUUACUAGUGAAGACUGAAACCAAAACACAGACAGGAUUUUUUAAGAGUAGUAAGAAACAACAUCCAAUGUUCCCAUUUUUUGAAGAAAAGGUUAAAUUUGAUGAAUAUGGAGAAAUAAUUAAACCUGAAGAUUACAAAAUGGUGGAUACAAGUCCAGAGACAGAAGAUAAUAAAGAGAAUUUGGAUAUUAAAGAAGAAGAAGCUGCUGAUAUCACAGAAGUGCCCACAAAAUGUAUUUCACUUGUAAAAACAUUUCGUGUUGUAGCUCAAGUGCAAUAUAUAGAUUUUGAAGGUCGAUCCGAUGGAGAAUCAGUGCAAAAAAUAUUGAGCCAAUUGCGCCCACGGCGGCUUAUAUUAGUCCGUGGCAAUUCAGAAAGUACAAAUGUGUUGUUGAAUUACUGUAAGCAGUGGAGUGGAGGUCGUGUCUUUGCUCCUAGUAAAGGAGAGAUAGUUGAUGCCACUACAGAAACUCAUAUAUACCAGGUUCGUCUUACUGAUGCAUUAGUGUCAUCAUUGGACCUAAAAAAAGGGAAAGAUGCUGAACUUGCUUGGCUUGAUGCCCAAAUAUUUGUCAGAGAUGCAAGUAAAGAUGUGUGUCCUAUAGAUUCAGAAAUGGAUAUAGAUGGAGAUCAUAAAUCACUUGAUAAUAAAGGUGAACCAGAAGGUGAACAAAUAUACACAUUGGAGCCACUUCCUCUCAAUCAUAUUGUUGGUCAUCAAACAGCAUUCAUAAAUGAACUGAAAUUGGGUGAUUUUAAACAAGUAUUGACAAAGAGCAAUAUUCCAUCUGAAUUUUCAGGAGGAGUACUGUGGUGCUGUAAUGGAACUGUUGCUGUUCGAAGGCAUGAAGCUGGUCGUGUUACUCUGGAAGGCUGCUUAUCUGAUGACUACUAUAGAGUUCGUGAGCUUUUAUAUGAACAAUAUGCUAUUGUAUGAAUCAUCCACAAAUUUAAAUUGUGUGUUUCCUCUUCUGUCCACAAAUGAAUGGUAUGCUUGGGAUUUUCAGUUGUUUGUUUCACUGAUUUGAGAGAGUGGUGUAAAUAGAAUGAUCUGUAUUAUAAAAUAGUAUGAGUGCUCAGGUUGUGUUGUCAAUAUUUUUUGUUUUCUUUUCAAAUUGCAACUUCCCAUAUAUUGAGAGUUUGCGAAGCCUGUGAUCUAAGAAAUUGAAACUACUUUUAUUAAGAAGGAUGUAUUGUACAAGUUAAGUCAAAUACAUUUAUUUUACCUAAAGGAAGA